CCCUCCCCCUUUGAACAUUCUUCUUCUCCUCUUCCUCCUCUCCUCCUUCCCUCUUAUGGUAUCGGCCGUGGCGCGGCGCAACGCCACAAGAGCGAGGGAGGCAUGAGAGGAUGGUGACGUUGCUCCGGCCGCAACGCCACGCCCAUGGGCCGGCCGCCGUCAGCGUUCGCCUCAGCAGAAGCCGCCGUCGCUCCGUCCUUGCCGCAGCAGCACCCUGAGGCCCAUGGCACAGGACCCCUCCCACCCGCACCGGCAGAACAAGGAAACCGCCGCGCCACCGCAGCAGCAGCAGCAGCAGCAGCAGCCUGAGCAGCCUGAGAUAGCGCACCAGCCUGCGCCCGCACAGCCGCCUCCGCCGCGCGACGUCCAGGAAGUCAGCACCAGCAAUAGCAGCGGCAGCGACACCGGCUCCUCCUGGCUCCAGCUCGGGCUCGGCCCGUCCCCAAGAUCGUCGUCGCCGUCGUCCUCGCGCCGGAAACGCCGGAGAACCGAUGAGGCAGGCCCCUCAGCGUCCGUACAGCCAGCCGCGCCCCCGCCCCCGCCGCCGCCGCCGCAGCUGGUGCUAUCUCUGCACCCAGGGCCUUCGUCAUCGUCCCCGGCAAUGGCGGUGGCGGCAGUGGUGGCGGCGGCGCCGCCACCCCCCGCCCACGAGGCCGGUACGUGGUUCUUGCUCCGGGCGGCGCAGAAUCAGAGGGAGCCGCCAUUGCCGCAGAUUCCGAGGAGCUACUUGAGGGUUAGAGACGGGAGGAUGACAGUUAGCGUAGUGAUGAGUUACCUGGUUAACAAGCUGGGCCUUGAGGACAAUUCACAGUUAGAGAUUACCUGUCGAGGGCAGCGCCUUCUACCAACGAUGACACUGCAGCAGGUCCGCGACACCAUUUGGCGCCCCAUGCCGGCAGAGGCCACGGCGGUUUUGCCAGCCCCCGGCUCGCCAGGCACCAACCAGAUCAUGACGUUGAAUUAUGGCAGAAGCUAGCACCUGGAGAACGGGGCACCAACGGAUACAAAAAACUUUUCACACUGUAAUUAGUUUUCACUGCCCACAGGCACUGAUCCCUUUUUUCCCCCUCCCCUAACAUCUAAUCCUCACCAGAGUUCACUGAGAAAGAAUAGUAGUACACCAAGUAUAGUAGAUUAUAGGUAACACACAAAUGUAACUGUACUUCAAAACCCUGAGAAAUAAUUCUUUCAUAUUUAUUUAGUUCAAAGAUUUAUUUUGUUCCAA